CAUAACACAAAAAACUAGUUCACAGUAACAUUCUUUCACAAACCAUCGCUUACUAAGAAUUCUACGUCCACCACAUCCGUGCUCUAUCAGUAUCAACCACCACCGUUAGGACGAUAUGAAGGGGACGAUUUCCGAUGAGAUAGAAGUGAAUGUGCCUGCAAAUGUAGCAUGGGAGCUCUAUGGCACAUUGCAUUUGUCUAGGUUCAUUGUGCAAGAGUUGCCUACUCUUCUUAACAAGGUUGAUGUGAUUGAAGGUGAUGGUGGUACCGGAACUGUUCUCAAAAUCACUUUUCCUGAAGGUACACCAGGAAUACCUUAUUUCAAGGAAAGAUUCAACAUAGUAGAUAAUGAGAAAAGAUACAAGCAAUCUCAAGUGAUUGAAGGUGGAUAUGCUGAUCUUGGCUAUAUUUUUUAUGGAAUUAGAUUUGAAGUGAAUGAGAAGGAUGAAAAUUCAUGCAUCACAAAAUUUACAGUGAGUUAUGAAGUGGAAGAUGUGAAACUUGCAAGUCAUGCAUUCACAAUGGUUGAGCCUUUGCAAACUGUCAUUAGAUCAGCCAAGACUUAUUUAACAAACAAGACACAUAAUUGAGUCUAUCAAGUCAUAUCAUUUAAUUGAUUAAGAAGGCCAAAUUUCUAUUUUUAUUUCUAACAAAUUCAACAGUUCUACUUAUAGAAUAACACUAAAUAUAUUAUUGUUGUAAUAUCAUAUUGAACAAUAUUUCAGUUGUUCAUGUAAACAAUAAAUUUUCGAAUCGAGAAAAAUAAAUAAUCAAGACUGGAAAAUUGGAGUAACAAAUUGUAAUAUUUGAUUUCAAAAUGUAGUGCGUGUUACAAUCUCUAUAGUAAUCCUCUGAUUCUUCAAAUAAUAUAAAAUAUGUUGAACUUGAAUUUGAUUUA